UGUUGGAUCAAGCAAAUGAAAACACCCACCGUUUCUCCCCUUUCUUGCGGAGGAGGUAGCAACUGUGGUCCUGCCUUUAGGGCCUGGCUCCCGGGCGCGGCCCUCGGGCGGACGGAGCCGGCGGCCGGCGGUGGCGUAGGCGCACGACGUUUCGGGAACCAGCGGGUCCUGGUAGAGCCGGACCCCGCCGCAGGGAUCGCUGUGAUGAAGCUCAGGAACCCCCCAGUCAACAGCCUCAGCCUAGAGUUGCUGACGGAGUUGGUCAUCAGCCUAGAGAAGCUGGAGAACGACAAGACCUUCCGAGGAGCUAUCUUGACUUCGGACUGCCCUGGGGUCUUCUCCGCCGGCCUAGACCUGACGGAAAUGUGUGGGAGGAACCCAGCGCACUAUGCUGAGUACUGGAAGGCUGUGCAGGAGUUGUGGUUGCGGCUCUACACGUCCAACCUGGUGCUGAUUUCCGCCAUCAGUGGAGCCAGCCCUGCUGGAGGCUGCCUGAUGGCCCUCUGCUGCGACUACCGGGUCCUGGCUGACAACCCCAAAUGUGUCAUUGGGCUGAAUGAGACCCUGCUGGGCAUUGUUGCCCCUUUCUGGUUUAAAGAUACCCUUGUGAACACCAUUGGGCACCGUGCCUCAGAGCGUGCUCUGCAGCUGGGGUUGCUCUUCCCACCAGCAGAGGCCCUCCAGGUGGGCCUGGUGGACAAGGUAGUGCCUGAGGACAAGGUGCAGAGCACAGCGCUCUCAGUGAUGGCCCAGUGGAUGGCCAUUCCAGAUCACGCUCGACAGCUGACCAAGAGCAUGAUGCGAAAGCCUACAGCAGACUACUUGGUGAAACAUCGGGACUCAGACAUCAAGAAUUUUGUCAGUUUCAUCUCCAGAGACUCCAUCCAGAAGUCCUUGCAGAUGUACUUAGAAAAGCUCAAACAGAAGAAGGGCUAAUGGUGGGGUUGCGCACGCGGGGUUCAGGCACAUGCACCCCUCUGGGGCCCUCUGGUCCCAAGGGGUUUGUAACAAGGUAUUUUCCAAUUCAGACGUCCUUUCAGCUCUUUGUUUUGCCGAUCUUCCCAGAAGGCCCUGUUCCUUUCAGCCAGGGCGUAAGGCCCACCACUGCAUGUGAGUGGGCAGGGCAGGGUUGGUGGGCAGUGUCUGGGUUUAGGGAUUAUGAACUGGCAGGUGGACCUAUUCUGGACCUUGGCAGUGUCACCACUGAGUGUCUCCUUUCCCAAAGAAUUGUAACUAAAGCC